AUGAUAGGUUCAAAGAUAUUUGAACUUCGUUUGAAUGUAAUGACUUUGACUUAAAAUCCUUAAAGCUUAUUCUGCUUUGGGAUAGGCAUGGUUUUGUUAAAAUUUUUCAUUUCAAAUCAAAUUUGGUUUGAGAUUGCAAAUUGGGAUUAUCUUAACAUUUUGACAAAUCGAUGGAAUACUGAGUGUUGGUACUUAGUUUCUUUCAAUAUCAAGAUUUAAAUUCUUCAGAAUAUAAAAGAAUAGGCAUUUUUUUAAAAAGAAAAUGUAAUAUUUAUUUUAUAUUAGUUAAUAUAAUUGGCUUAGUUACUAAGUAUUUUAGUGAUCUAUAGAUUAAAAAAAUUAUUAAAAAUAAUGAAAACGAGGAAUUCUUAGAGAUAAUCAUAAAGAGAAGACUUGUCAGUGACUUGUUAAGAGGUAUUAACUAUAAUUUCUCAAAAAUUUCAUACCUUAUAUAUUAACCAUUUUUAAGCCUUAUUUUAGAAUUUAUCUAUGAGUGAAUUCCCCCUCCAUAGCAGUGCGCAAACACCCAGAAAGAAAAGAGGACCAAUAUGUAAGAAACACAAAUAUGUACUUCUGUUAUUUAAAUAAAGACCACAAUAAAUUUGAAAAAACACAAAUCCUCGAAAUAAUUUAUCUGCUAUGAAGACAGAGAUUUAAAUAUUCCUGAAAAAUACUAAUCAAUGUUAUAAAAACAUGUAAGAAUUAUAUUUAAAAAAUUAAAGAAAACAGAUGAUGAUAGAGAGUCUGAUUCAGAACAAAUUAAACAUGCCAUCAACUACUUGUACAAAGAUUUAUUAUAAUGUAUUGAAAGAGAAAAAAAUUGA